CCAGGUCAGGCGAUAAAGCGUGCAAUUUGCCCAACCGUCUAUAAGAGAAACUCCCACGACAAAAUGGAAUGUAGCAAUCUUCAUUAUGCCGGAGAAGACGUUUCAUCAUUAUUGAAUUUCCCCCACCAGGGUUCUCCAUUUUGCCUGCCAUGGAUCCAUGGAUUCACAGGUUCAGGCAUCGCCUCCUCGCAUGGUUUCACCGAUCUCGUUCUGUGCCUAUAUUAUACGUGAGGCGUUUUUCCUACAAGGAAGUAAAAAGGGCAACUGGUGGGUUCAAUAGAGUUGUGUACACCAAUCCUCGGAGUGCUGCUUAUAAUGCUAAAUUUCAAGAUGGCAGAGUUGCAUUGGUAAAAGAGCUGAGAGCUUUGAAUGACAAUCUUUUUUAUACAGAAGUCCAGCUCCUUGGACGCUUGCACCAUCGCCAUCUUCUUACAUUGCGAGGCUUCUCCACGGCGGGCCAUAAGAGAUUGCUCGUGUUUGACGAGAUUGGAAAUGGAAGCUUGAGGGAUCUUCUUAAUGAUCCUCUCAGGACUCCCUUGAAUUGGAGGAUGAGGCUACAAAUAGCCGCAGGUGUGGCUGCUGCACUAGAAUACUUGUUUCUUUUCACCCAUCCUCCGAUGUGUCACGUAUCAAUUAGCUCAAGCACUAUUAUGCUAGACGAAAAUUUCACUGCAAAGAUAUCUGAUGUUGGCUUUCUCUGCUCCCCUGUAAACAUCACUGGUUAUCCAGAUGCACAACAGUCAGAUGAUUUUAGGGAUGAAAAAUGUGGAAACAUUAUUUACCAACUUGGAGUGCUGAUCCUGGAACUGAUAACCGGACAAUCAUCAGAUGGAACAGGGGCUGAUCUUAUCAGGUGGAUUCAAGGGACAAAUUUUGCAAGAUCAAUGAACAAGAUGAUUGAUCCUGAUCUCGGAAAUAGCUUCGACUACAAAGAUGUGAGGAACCUUCUAUCAAUAGCAAGAUUGUGUAUAAAGUCAAGAGAAAAGCCAAGAUUCUCCGUUGCUCAGAUUUUUCGGUAUCUGCAGAGUAAAGUAGAUUUGACUAGCUACUAGUGUUAUUUCCUUCACCCUUCUAUUCCCAAAAAUUUCUUUUUCGGUUUCAUUCAAGACUUUCUUUUUUAUAUCCACAUAAAUUAAAUUGCUUCAUUAGGAAAAGGAAAAAAAAAAAAAAAAAGUGUAUUGUUUGUUCUUCUAAUACCCCUUCAUAAGCUCGCAUAUGGUUACUCUUUUUCUUCUUCUUCUUCUUUCUUUGAGCUGCACCUUGUGAUCUAUUCACAUCAUAUUCUUGUAAUAGACAAUCGAAGUACAUAUUAGAUUGUUUCCAUAUGAUUAAUAUAUAUCCUUUUUCUUUUUU